AUGGAGGAAAUCGAUGACCAGUUGGUGACGGAAAUUCUUCGGUGUCCUGAGAAACUAUUUCCUCGGUUCCUCUUCGGAGCUGAUACUUUAAAAACUGUUGAGCUGUUAAAUCGCCUGAUUUCAUUGUCGAAUGGUUACGAUACAGUUAUAGACUGUUUAUCAUGUUGGCAGGAUAUUAUUGGAGCCAAUUAUUGCUUGGAACCGGUAGCCGCUGAAUUGCAUCAAUCUGAAAACACUGAACUGCUCUGUGAGUGUCUUCGGUUGAUCAAUCAUCUUUUGCUUUAUUCACCAAAUGCCGUCUCCAAAAUUCGUGUACAGCAUGAACUAAAAGGUAUAUCUGAUAAUUGCCAAUAG